AACUGGCGCAGUCGAAAAGCCAACGGUUCGAGUCGAAACUAAGAGUGCUAACGAAAUAAAACUUUGUGAAUCCUUGGACCACAUAAGGGGCCGCCUGUUCUAAAUUCGAGAGAAUAUCGGACGGAAAACAAAUACCAAGAGCACAUUGGUAUAAGGCCACAAGGAGAUAAGUGAACCGUUGGAAAAAAGGACCUACACCCCUCAUGCAUACCAUUCUCAUAGGGGCUCUGUAAGUAAAUGAGCGGUUAUUGAAUUACAUAUAUACUUACGUAUUAUGGCCCUAUGCCAUACACAUAAAAAAAAUAAAAAAAUAAAAACUCAAAAAUUGUUUUUUUAAAAAAAAGCUUAAGAGCUUCUUUAUUAAUUGGGAGGUGACUUAAGACUGAUUUUCAAUUUUAUUCUCCGCAGGAAAGAAACUAAAUUUUCUAUUCAAAUAUGAACCGAAAACUGCCAAUAAAGCUGUUUUGCUAUAGCUAUCAAAAUUCUUUCUGUUGAGAUAUUAUUGUAAGUGUAGUUUUGCCAAACUAAAUCUUCUGUUGAAAUAUGAACCAAAACUGCCAACAAAGCAGUUUUGCAUAGCAUAGCUAUCUAAAUUCUUUCUGUGGAAAUGUUGUUGUGAGUGUUGUUUUUGUCGUAGCCGCACUUAGAGUAUUUGAGCAUUAAGCAAAAUACUGUAUGUAUGGCAGAAUACGUCACUGCCCUUCCCUUAAAGAGAAGCCUAUACUUGGGCUGGGAUAGAUGGGUACAAUGUGGGCAAUGGUGCCUCACCUAAUUCAAUUUCCUGCGAGCUCUACAAUGACUCCUUGUAUUUAAUGCCGGCGUUGUCUCACUGUGCGUCGUAUACAUUCAACCACCUCAUGUGGAGUGUAUGACAGAUAAAGAAGAUCUGGACGAUGACCGGAUUAAUCUGAAUGACAACAAUGAUAAUUUUUUAAAUGAAAUCGCUGGUCAUGUUGAACUACAAUACUCAUUGGAAGGAGAAAACAUUCAGGAUGUAGGUAAUGAACUCAGUGAAACUGAAAAUCCAUCAACAUCUAAUGCACAUGGAGAUGUUAUGAUAACUGGCGGAUUUAAGAGGAAAUCUGAUUUUGAUGUCCUCGUAUGGCGAAAACCCAGAAAUUUUGAAUACAGCCGAACGCCCAUUAACAUCGAAGCUUUCAAAAUGGAAGAAAUUUUUUCUGAAAUUGGCUCUAAAUCUCCGUACGAUAUUUUCUCGUUGUAUUUUGAUAAAUUAAUAAUUGCAGAGAUAACGCAUUUCACAAACGAAUAUGCGAAUCAACACAAUACUGCCAUUAACGUCACGCCAGUGGAAAUACGUAGGUUCAUUAGUAUUUUGUACAUUUCGGGGUAUCACACCUUGCCUCAUAUUGACCAUUAUUGGUCUGUUCGGCCCGACAUGGGAAUUCCAAUUGUAAAACAAGCGUUGAGUCGUAAUCGGUUAAAAAUAAUAAAACGGUUCUUACAUCUCGCUGAUAACACCGAUUUAAAUACAGUAGAUCGUUUUGCCAAGGUUCGCCCGCUUAUUGAUGCUCUCAAUAAAAAAUUUAUGCAGUUCGGAGUUUUUAGCCAUAUUCUUUCCGUAGACGAACAGAUGAUUCCAUACUUUGGUCGACACUCAUGCAAAAUGUUUAUCAAAGGAAAACCGAUUCGUUUUGGAUUUAAGUCGUGGUGCUUAUGUUCAGAAAGUGGAUAUUUAUUUUCUAGUAUACUAUAUGGGGGUGCAGCAACCCCUCACGAUAAGAAUGUCGGUCUAGGAGCACAAACCGUUUUAGAUUUGCUUGCUAAC